AUGCAGCAAUCCAUCAAGUCCAAAAGCAUCACCAAACGCGGUCGCGUGAAACGAAAGCAUACCAAGGUCACCACGGGCUGCUUGACCUGCAAAAGCCGCCACCUCAAAUGCGAUGAAGGCGAGCCGAACUGCUUAAAGUGUACCCGCUCUGGGCGGCAGUGUGAAGGCUACGUGAGACGUAAAGCCUGGAUUUUUAAACCCUCCCACUCUUCUUCGACGGACUCGGUCCCAGGAGCUGGUCCCUUGCUCAAGAGUCUCUCGGCCGAUCUGGGGAAAACAACCCUUGAACAACGAGCAUAUCAAUAUUUCUUCCACGUGGCAGCCCCGUUGAUCGCUUCGCAUACCUUUACGUCGACUGCUCAAGAGUUCUGGCGCUAUCAUGCUCUUCAAUAUACUCAUUCAGUCACCGCUGUUCGUCAUCUGGCAUUGGCCAUCGCUGCAAGACAGGAAGCGGAUGGCUUGUCCUCCACCCACCUCUCCCACUUUGCCACUAGACACUGCACCAAGGCGCUUUCGAUACUAAAUGCGUCCCAAGGAAAUACCUCAACAGACACGUUGCUCAUCUGCUGUGCCUUGCUCUCGGUCUAUGAAAAUCUAGACCCGGUCGCUCCAACCGCCGAAUCUUUGUCACACAUUAUUCCUGGCCUCCGCAUUCUCAACGGAAACGUCACUCAAUCCCACCAUAAUCACAAUUACGCCCUAAUUGCCAUCUCGACCAUGUUCAAACAGGUCGAAACGGUCAUUUCUACAUUCAAAACUCCUUCCUUCAUCCUUGGCGGGCGGACCAUCAGCCCAGAAGCUCGGACAGCGCCUUCCCUGCCCGAUGAAUUCGACAGUCGUACCGCCAUCCAGCAGGCCUUUUACGAAAUUUAUCGAUGGCGAUUUAUAUACAGUCUAAGUCAUCAGGCUUGGACAGCCACUUGUUCCGGAUUCCGUCAAGUGCUAAAUCUUAUGUUGACCUGGCAUGGGCUGGUGCGCAAGUACAUAUCAGCUCUGAAUCCCCACCAAAGUUCGGUGGAAAUUCAACUCACCAAGGCCUUAUUGGUGCAAUUUCGCCUGCUGUAUACUGCUCUUCACUUCUCCGUGCGAGAUGACUUGCCUGAACAUCAACACAAUCGGCCUACCUUUGUCGACCUGUCCCGGCCUGAUAAAAUAUAUCUCUAUCUACCCGUUGAGGCUGGUCUAGACGUUCGAGAACAGGAUUGGCGGUCCACCGUUGGCGACGGUGGCAGGCAGCCCCGGAUCUAUCCCGAGGCUAGGAUUCUUCAGUUACCCGAUCGGCAAGGCUAUAUCCAACUCAUCAUGCGCGGGGCUUCUAUACGCUUGGGAUUAGACAAGAUGAGUUCCAACACAAAGAGAGGAUGA